CCAGCAGGUGAAGUACCCUAAAUUUCUCUUCAAAACAUUUGGGAAUUUUCAGAGAAUCAUAGAAAAUUUAUCUUCUUUCUCCUGGGAGCUCAAGAUACUUUAGAGAACAGUUAAACUUUUAUUUCUGCAGUUGAACAUCUUCUAGCAAUAAGAGCAAUGCAAGUAGAGCUCUCUACCUGCUUCUUUCUGUGCCUUUGGCAAUUCAGCUUUAGUACCACCCGAAGAUACUACUACUUAGGUGCUGUGGAACUCUCCUGGGACUAUAUGAAAAGUGACCUGCUCAGUGAGCUGCAUGUUGACACAAGAUUUCCUCCUGAAAUGCCAAGAUCUUUUCCAUUCAACACCUCAGUCAUGUACAAAAAGACUGUGUUUGUAGAGUUCACGGAUCACCUUUUCAAUGUUGCCAAGCCUAGGCCACCCUGGAUGGGUCUGCUGGGUCCAACUAUCCAGGCUGAGGUUUAUGACACAGUGGUUAUUACACUUAAGAACAUGGCUACUCAUCCUGUCAGUCUUCAUGCUGUUGGUGUAUCUUACUGGAAAGCUUCUGAGGGAGCUGAAUAUGAUGAUCAGACCAGCCAAAGGGAGAAAGAGGAUGAUAAAGUCUUUCCUGGUGAGAGCCAUACUUACGUCUGGCAGGUCUUGAAAGAGAAUGGUCCAAUGGCCUCUGACCCACCAUGUCUCACGUACUCAUAUCUUUCUCAUGUGGACCUGGUAAAAGACCUGAAUUCAGGCCUCAUUGGAGCUCUGCUGGUAUGUAGAAAAGGGAGUUUGGCCAAAGAAAGGACACAGAUCUUGCACCAAUUUGUACUACUUUUUGCUGUAUUUGAUGAAGGGAAGAGCUGGCACUCACAAACGAAGGGCUCCUUGACACAGGGUAUGGAUUCUCCACCUGCUGGGGCUUUGCCUAGAAUGCACACAGUCAAUGGCUAUGUAAACAGAUCUCUUCCAGGUUUGAUUGGAUGCCACAGGAAAUCAGUCUUUUGGCAUGUGAUUGGAAUGGGCACUACUCCUGAAGUUCACUCAAUAUUCCUUGAAGGCCACACAUUUCUUGUGAGGAGCCAUCGCCAGGCCUCAUUAGAGAUAUCACCAAUAACUUUCCUUACUGCUCAGACAGUCUUGAUGGACCUCGGACAGUUUCUGUUGUUUUGUCAUAUCUCUUCCCACCAACAUGAUGGCAUGGAAGCUUACAUCAAAGUAGAUAGCUGCCCAGAGGAACCUGAAGUACGGAUGAAAAAUAACAAAGAAGAAGAAGAAUAUGAUGAGGAUCUUGAUUCUGAAAUGGAUGUGUUCAAGUUUGAUGAUGAUAACUCUCCUUCCUUGAUCCAAAUUCGUUCAGUUGCCAAGAAGCAUCCUAAAACUUGGAUACAUUAUAUUGCUGCUGAGGAGGAGGACUGGGACUAUGCUCCCUCAGUCCUCACUUCCAAUGACAGAAGUUAUAAAAGUCAAUAUUUGAAUAAUGGUCCUCAGCGGAUUGGCAGGAAGUAUAAAAAAGUCCGAUUUGUGGCAUACACAGAUGAAACUUUUAAGACUCGUGAAACUAUUCAGUAUGAAUCAGGAAUCUUGGGACCUUUACUUUAUGGGGAAGUUGGAGACACACUAUUGAUUAUAUUUAAGAACCAAGCAAGCCGGCCAUAUAAUAUCUACCCUCAUGGAAUCACUGAUGUCAGUCCUUUAUACUCAGGGAGAUUGCCAAAAGGUGUAAAACAUUUGAAGGAUUUGCCAAUUCUGCCAGGAGACAUAUUCAAGUAUAAAUGGACAGUAACUGUAGAAGAUGGGCCAACUAAGUCAGAUCCUCGAUGCCUGACCCGAUACUACUCUAGUUUCAUUAAUGUGGAGAGAGAUCUAGCUUCUGGACUCAUUGGGCCUCUCCUCAUCUGCUACAAAGAAUCUGUAGAUCAAAGAGGAAACCAGAUGAUGUCAGACAAAAGAAACGUCAUCCUGUUUUCUGUAUUUGAUGAGAACCAAAGCUGGUACCUCCCAGAAAAUAUGCAACGCUUUCUCCCAAAUGCAGCGGGAGUACAGCUCCAUGAUCCAGAAUUCCAAGCCUCCAACAUCAUGCACAGUAUCAAUGGCUAUGUUUUUGAUAGUUUGCAGUUAUCGGUUUGUUUGCAUGAGGUGGCAUACUGGUACAUUCUAAGUGUUGGAGCACAGACCAACUUCUUAUCUGUCUUCUUCUCUGGAUAUACCUUCAAACACAAAAUGGUCUAUGAAGACACACUUACUCUAUUCCCAUUCUCAGGAGAAACUGUCUUCAUGUCUAUGGAAAACCCAGGUCUGUGGGUUCUGGGAUGCCACAACUCAGACUUUCGGAACAGAGGCAUGACGGCCUUACUGAAGGUUUCUAGUUGUGACAGGAAGACUGGUGAUUAUUAUGAGGACAUAUAUGAAGAUUUUCCAACAUAUCUGAUUAGUGAAAACAAUGUUAUUGAACCCAGAAGCUUCUCCCAGAAUUCAAGGCACCCAAACCCUAGGAAGCAAUUCAAAGUUACCUCAAUCCCAGAAAAUGACAUAAAGAAGAUUAACCCUCAGUUUGAAGAGAGAACAGGGACCAUCAAAGUACAAAAUGUCUCCAAUGAUUUUUUGAUGCUCUUGAGACAAAGUCCUGCUUCACGUGGGUUAUCCUUAUCUGAUCUUCAAAAAUCCAUGUAUGAGGCUAUUCCUGAUGAUCAUUCACCUGGAGCAACAGACAGUAAUGAAGGCCCAUCUGAAAUGGUGCACCUCAGGCCCGAGCUCCACCAUGGUGAGGACACAGUAUCUACUCCUGAGUCAGGCCUCCAAUUAGGAUCAGAUGAGAAUUUGGGAACAACUACAGCAGUAAGUUUGAAGAAAUUCAAUUUAAAAGUUUCUGGUUCACCAAAGAAUCUAAUGAUUCCACCAACAAUUCUAUCAGAAAACUUGGCAGCUGGUCCUGAAAAGACAAGUUCCUUAGGAACCCCAAAUAUGCCAGUUAACUUUAGUAGUCAGUUAAGCACCACUUUACUUGGCACAAGUUCAUCUCCCCUUAUUGGUUCUGGUAUACCUCUGAGCUUGAGAGAAAGAAAUGAUUCCAAGUUGUUGGAAGCAGCUUUAAUGAAUAGUCAAGAAAAUUCACUGGGAAAAAAUGUAUCAUCAAUGAAGAGUAAUGGAUUAAUUAAAGAGAAAAGCACUCAUAGAACUUCUUUGUUGACCAAAGAUAAUGCUUUAUUUAAAUUUAAUAUUUCUUUGAUAAAAACAAACAAGAUAUCUAAUAAUUCAACAUCUAAUGGAAAAACUUACACCGACAGCCCAACAUCAUUAAUUGAGAAUAGUACAUCUGUCUGGCAAGACACUGUAUUAGAAAACAAUACUGGGUUUGAAGAAAUGACAUCUUUGAUACAAGAUAAAAUGCUAAUGGACAAAAAUAUUCCAGAUUUGAGGAUAAAUUAUGUGUCAAAUAAAACUGCUUCAUUAAAUAAUAUGGAAAUAGGUCACCAAAAAAGUGGAGGUUCUGUGCCACCAGAUUCCGAAAAGCCACAAGUGUCAUUCUUUAGGAUGCUGUUCUUGCCAGAAUCAGCAAAUUGGCAGCAAAAAAUCCAUGGAAAGAACUUCCUGAACUCUGGGCAAUGGCCUAGACUGAAGCAAUUAAUAUCCUUAGCAUCAGGAAAGUCUGUAAAAGAUCACAAUUUCAUGCCAGAGAAGAAUAAACUAGUAACAGAAGAAAAUGAAUUUACAAAGGACAAAGAAAUCAAAGAAAUGAUUUUUCCAAGCAACAGGAGCAUAUUUCUUACUAGCUUGAUUAAUGUACAAGAAAAUGAUACAAACAAUCAAGAAAAAAAAAUUCAGGAAGAUAUAGAAAAGAAGGAAGCAUUAAUUCAAGAGAAUAUAGUUUUGCCUCAGGGGUAUACACUGAUUGGCACUAAGAAUUUCCUAAAGAACUUUUUCUUACUGAGUACUAGGCAGAAUGCAAGUUUAGAUGAGGGAACAUAUGACACCAAGUCAUUAAAUGAUUCAAGGAAUAGAGUAGAUAUUCAUAUGGCCCAUUUAUCAAAAAGAGGGGAGGAAGAGGAAACAAACUUGGAAGGCUUGGGGAAUCAAACCAAGCAAAUGAUGGAGAAAUAUCUAGCCACUACGAGGAUGUCUCUUAAUCCAAGUCAGAAGAAUGUUAUUGCUCAACAUGGUAAGCGAGUCUUGAAGCAAUUCAUCCUCCCACUAGAAGAAAUAAAGCUUAAAAAUGGACUGAUUGCAAAUGACAGCUCAGACCAGUCAUCUAAAAACAUGAAAUAUUUGACUCAGAGUAUCCUCACACAGGUAGACGAUAGUGAAAAGCAGGAGAAAGCCACUAUUCAGUCUCCCUUAUCCAAUUUUCCUGUGAAGAGUCAUGAUGUCACUCAGAUGAAUAGUUCUACAUUGCCCAUUGCAAAGAUAUCAACAUUUCCAUCAAUUAGACCUACAGAUCUGACCAGGAUCCCAUCUCAAGAAAAUUCUUCUCAUUUUCUAGCCUACAAUUAUUUCUUUAGGACAAAAAGUUCUAGCAUCCAAGAAAGCAGUCAUUUAUUACAAGGAGCAAAAAGAAAUAACCUUUCCUUAUCCAUCCCACCUUUGGAGAUGAUCGGAGAUCAAGGAAAGGUUGGUUUCAUGACAAGUGCCACAAACUCAGUCACAUAUAAGUAUAAUGAGAGUGAUGUUCUCUUGAAACCAGUCCUGUCCGAAGUAUCUGGCAAAGUUGAAUUGCUUCUUAAAAUUCCCACUUCUCAGAAAGAUCUUUUAACUAGAGAAACUAGUUAUGAUUUUCCUGGCCAGGAUCUCAUGGAAAAUAUUCUUCUUCAGAAAACACUAGAACCUAACAAAUGGAAUAAAACAAAUAGACCUGGAGAAGUACCCUUUGUUACAGUGACAACGGAAAGCUCUGAAAAGACUCCAUCCAAGCUUCUGGGUCCUACUCUUCAAUUAGAUCAAGAAGACAUUGACUAUGGUGAUACCAUCUCAACUGAAACAAAGAGGGAAGAUUUUGACAUUUAUGGUGAGGAUGAAAACCAGGGCCCCCGCAGCUUUCAAAAGAAAACACGACAUUAUUUUAUUGCUGCAGUGGAACGACUCUGGGACUAUGGAAUGAGUAGAUCUCAUGUUCUAAGAAACAGGGAUCAGAGUGGCAGUGCCCCGCAGUUCAAGAAGGUAGUUUUCCAGGAAUUUACUGAUGGCUCCUUUACUCAACCCUUAUACCGUGGAGAACUAAAUGAACACUUGGGACUCUUGGGGCCAUAUAUAAGAGCAGAAGUUGAAGACAAUAUUGUGGUAACUUUCAAAAACCAGGCUUCUCGUCCUUAUUCCUUCUAUUCUAGCCUAAUUUCUUAUAAGGAAGAUCAGGGAGAAGGAACAGAACCUAGAAAAAACUUUGUCAAGCCUAAUGAAACCAAAACUUACUUUUGGAAAGUACAACAUCAUAUGGCACCCACUAAAGAUGAGUUUGACUGCAAAGCGUGGGCUUAUUUCUCUGAUGUUGAUCUGGAAAGAGAUGUGCACUCAGGCUUGAUUGGACCCCUUCUGAUCUGUCACACUAACACUCUGAAUCCUGCUCAUGGGAGACAAGUGACAGUGCAGGAAUUUGCUCUGUUUUUCACUAUCUUUGAUGAGACCAAGAGUUGGUAUUUCCUUGAAAACAUGGAAAGGAACUGCAGGGCACCCUGCAAUAUCCAAAUGGAAGAUCCAGCUUUUAAAGAGAAUCACCGUUUCCAUGCAAUUAAUGGCUAUGUGAUGGAUACACUACCUGGUUUAGUAAUGGCUCAAGAUCAAAGGAUUCGAUGGUAUCUGCUCAGCAUGGGCAGCAAUGAAAACAUCCAUUCUAUUCAUUUCAGUGGACACGUGUUCACUGUCCGGAAAAAAGAGGAGUAUAAAAUGGCAGUGUACAAUCUCUAUCCAGGUGUUUUUGGGACAGUGGAAAUGCUACCAUCGAAACCUGGAAUUUGGCGGAUAGAAUGCCUUAUUGGAGAGCACUUACAUGCAGGGAUGAGCACUCUUUUUCUGGUGUACAGCAAGCAGUGUCAGAUUCCCCUGGGAAUGGCUUCUGGACAUAUUAGAGAUUUUCAGAUCACAGCUUCAGGACAAUAUGGACAGUGGGCCCCAAACCUGGCCAGACUUCAUUAUUCUGGAUCAAUCAAUGCCUGGAGUACCAAGGAGCCUUUUUCAUGGAUCAAGGUGGAUCUGUUGGCACCGAUGAUUAUUCAUGGCAUCAAGACCCAGGGUGCCCGUCAGAAGUUCUCCAGCCUCUAUAUCUCUCAAUUUAUCAUCAUGUAUAGUCUUGAUGGAAAGAAGUGGAUGACUUAUCGAGGGAACUCUACUGGCACCUUAAUGGUCUUCUUUGGCAAUGUGGAUUCAUCUGGGAUAAAACACAAUAUUUUUAACCCUCCAAUUAUUGCUCGGUACAUCCGUUUGCACCCAACUCAUUAUAGCAUCCGCAGCACUCUUCGUAUGGAGUUAAUGGGCUGUGAUUUAAACAGUUGCAGCAUACCAUUGGGAAUGGAGAAUAAACUAAUAUCAGAUGCACAGAUUACUGCCUCAUCCUACUUCACCAAUAUGUUUGCUACUUGGUCUCCUUCACAAGCCCGGCUUCACCUCCAGGGCAGGACUAAUGCCUGGAGACCUCAGGUAAAUAAUCCAAAAGAGUGGCUGCAAGUGGACUUCCAGAAGACAAUGAAAGUCACAGGAAUAAUCACACAAGGAGUGAAAUCUCUUCUUACCAGCAUGUUUGUGAAGGAGUUCCUUAUCUCCAGCAGUCAAGAUGGCUAUCAAUGGACUCUCUUUUUACAGAAUGGCAAAGUAAAGGUUUUUCAGGGAAAUGAAGACUCCUUCACACCUGUGGUGAACUCUCUAGACCCACCAUUACUGACUCGCUACCUUAGAAUUCACCCCCAGAGUUGGACACACCAGAUUGCCCUGAGGUUGGAGGUUCUGGGAUGUGAAGCCCAGCAGCUCUACUGAGUGGCUUGUUAUAGUCCUUUUUGGUUCCCUCGCCUCCCUUGUUAGGUCCAAGGCAAUUCAUAACUUAAGGCCAGUGUCCCUCUCAGGCUUCUGGGUUACAUACUACCCUACAUCAUCUAUGGUGCCAUUAUUUUUUUAUGAAUUUAAACUGUACAGUCCUACUAGACACUGCCCUGAAGCCACUUAUAUGAAGACACAUAAGUGGCAAAUAACUCAGAAAAACCUAGAAAGCUGAAUCCAAGGCUAAGAAACAACUAGAUUUACACUACAGGAUCCUCAAAAAAGGGAGUUGGGGAAGGAAUCUGUGACUUUGGGUAAUUCUUGGAAUCAAGGUAAAGGUGGAUAUGAAACCUAAAGAAAACUACUUGAGAAACUGGACAGUUUGAGAAGUAGUUUAGUCCUACUCAGCACUACCAGAAGCCUGGAGUUUGAUCCUCUGGUGAAGGAUCAAUGAACUGGAAGAUACCAGAUAUGACUCAGAGGUCCCAGAAUAUUACAGAGCCUGUUCCCACCCCUGGAAGACCACAGCUUACUGGGGGCAGGUUACAAAGUCUGAAUCCCUUCCCUUAUCUCAAGGAAAGUCAUGCGCUGAGGUACAAGUUUUGCCCCAGUGACCCCUAUGAACUCAAGCUAAAACUGCAUGUCAUCUGAAAUCAAAAUUUUUGUAGUUCCUUCUUUUAUCCUUCCCUCAUUCCCUUACUGUUUUCUUCUGAGCACAUUCCAUCAAUAAAUUACAUGCACUGGAACCUUCAUCUCAGAAUCUGCUUCUAGUCAGCCCAAAUUUAAAACACUCAGUUAUCCAGUUCUGAACAGUCAUAUUGUUAUUUUAAUUGGAUUUUUAUUGAAUUCACUGAUUAAUAUAAGGAGUGUUGAAAUCUUUAUAAUAGAGUCAUUCCCUUGAAAACUAGAUUUUAGGCAGCCUCUAAGAUGAUUCCAAUGAUUCAUAUUCUUGUGCUGUUUCCUUCUUAAUAGUGUCAGCUGGGUCUGGUAACUCACCUCUAACCAGUAGAAUAUGGCAAAACUGAUGAAAUGUUCCUUCUGAGAUUAGGUUACAAAUGACUCUGACUUCCUUUUUGCUCAUCCUCUUGUCUCUCACACGGAGUCCUCAAUCUCCAGGAAACCAGUGUCAUGUUGUCAUCAACCCUAUGAAAAUGCCCACAUGGCAAGAAACUGAUGUCUCCAGCCAAAAGCUAGUGAGGAUAUGAGGUCUGAUUACAGCCUCAUGGGUGAGCUUGGAAAGAUAUUUCCUCAAGUUGAGCAUGGACACAAAGUGAUUGCAGCCUUGUGAGAUAGUCCUGAUCCAACUAAACUGUGAGACUGUGCUUGCUGUUUUAAGAUAUUAAAGUUUGAGGUAAUUUUUAAUGUAGCAGUAGUUUAUAAACAUAGAUAUUGGUACCUGGAAGUGAGGUGCUUCCAGAAAAUAACUACAAAUAUGAGAGAACCUGGACUGGUGGAGUACAAUAACAGACUGUUAUUAAAAAUCUGGAUUUUGAGGACAGUACCACUGAAGGUUCAGAAUGAAGUGUGGAACAUGUCAUUGGUAAUGAGAAAGAAUUCUUGUGGAAUGGAAGAAAGCACCUUCAAUAACAUGGAAAGUAUGGAUUGUGUAUGAUGAACUGGCUGAUCUAGCUAAUGAGUUAACUGCUAAGAGCAAGUUAGACAUUUGUAUCUUAAACUGGCAAAAUGUAAAGAUGAAUAAUAAAAUUCAUGCUAGUUAAAUUGUCA